AUGGCUACUAAUAAUCUACUACAUGAUGAUUCCGACAAAAAAAUACAAUCCAAACACUUGGAACUCUUCUGUUUGAUCUGGCUCGAUCCCGGUACAAAUGUUGAGGAGACCGCUUGUGCUGAGCAACGAUUACGAUCGCUUAUAAAUUAUUUCAAAAGAUUUCAAGACGUGAGAAAAUGUCAGAAAUACAUCCAAGAGUGCUCGGAGAACGAUCGAUUAAUUCUAAUUGUUAGCGGACAGUUAGGUAAAGCGAUAGUACCGUCGAUUCACGAUUAUCAACAAGUCGUCUCUAUAUAUGUUUAUUGUAUGGAUAAGAAAAGAAAUGAACUUUGGGCUUCAAAACAUUCGAAGGUAAAAGCGGUCAUUGUUGAGCUUGAAGAACUCAUAACUCGGAUUAGUGACGAUCAUCGAACGCAAGAAAAAAUCAUCGAACCACUACCGAUUGAUAUUUUCAACGCAGGUGAAUCUACCAGCGACGUCAAUGGGCAAUUUGUCUUCUCUCAGGUCCUCGUCGAUUGUCUUCUUCGGUUAAAACCGAACGAGAAAGAUAAAACUGAAUUGAUCGAUCGUUGCCAGACGGAAUAUAAAGGAAAUAGUGUUGAACUGGAUAAUCUUCGUGAAUUUCAAAAGACUUACAAGUCUGGUCAAGUUCUAUCUUGGUAUACAAAAGAAACAUUCUUCUAUAAAACUCUAAAUACUUGUUUACGUAAACAAAAUAUUCAUAUGAUGUUUCUAUUUCAUGAAUAUCUUUCGGAUAUCAAUCAACAAUUGAAACAAUAUCAAUCGAAGGACAGUAUCACCGUCUACCGUGGACAAAUGAUGAGUAAUGAAGAAUUGGAACGAAUCAAAUCGAGUAUGGGUCAACUAAUCUCCAUCAAUUCGUUCUUUUCGACAAGUACAAGCUACGCCAAUGCUGUUUCGUUCUUGAAGUUUUCAACUUCUUCCGCUCAUCUGCAGCGAGUUUUAUUUCAGAUCAAAGCCGAUCCGAAAAAGGUCACGAACAGGCCAUUCGCUGAUAUUAGUAAAUGCAGCGAGUUUGUCAACGAAGCCGAAGUUCUAUUUAUGAUUGGCUCGAUCUUUCGGUUGGAAAGUAUCGAGUGCGACGAUUUGCACAUAUGGGUCAUCAAAAUGACUCUCUCCAGUGAUGAAGAACAUGGAUUGAAGCACGUUUUAAUGUACAUGAAAGCACAAAUUGGUACUGGAGAAACGACGCUUCGCACGUUGGGUAAAUUUCUUUGGACGAUGGGAAAAUUUGAUUUGGCGGAGACGUACUUCAUUCGCUUUUUGAACGAACUGGAUUCAAGUGAUGGAUUAGCUUGCACUUUAUACGAAGACCUUGGCCAACUGGCAGCGGUCAAAGGAGAAUAUAAUAAGAGCGUUCAAUGGCAUCAGAAAUCUCUUCAAUUGAAAAAUUCGAAACAAACGGAUACUGCGAAAAGUAUUGAUGAGCCCGAAAACGCAGCUCAGCAAUUGGCAACAGCCAAUGCUCAAUCAGAGACUAAGACAGUUGGUGGAAUGGAUGUUGAAGCAUUCAAAAGUUGGCUGACGAAUUAUAUUAAAAAAAAGGCAGCAGCGGUGGCCGAAGAACAAAAUUCCCGAACAAAACGUCAUCCCAAAAGCGUCGAAAACUUCUGUUAUAUUCUCGAAAGUCAAAUUUCGAUCUCCAAAACUGAAGAACAAACUCUGCACGGUUUGAUCAAUUUGGGUUUCACUUUCGCAGAUAUCAAUUCCGACGAAUGUAUUAAAUUCUUCCGUGGAAUUCGGCUCGAACGCAUCAUUCUCAUUCUUUCGAAAGCCAGUUUGCAAGAAUUAGCUAAGGCAAUCCGCGACGAACCAUACCUUAGUGCAAUUUAUGUAAUCGAUUCUUCCAGAGGAAGUUCGUGCGACUUGAAGAUGUACCGAGGAACUUUUUCUAACAUCGCUCAACUUUGUAAACAGCUAGAAACUGACCUUCCAAUAAUCACAUACGAUCUAACCAGUAUCUGCUCAAUUCCUGCUGAUUAUGCGAAAAUGAGUACUAUCAAUUACUUUCAAGCAUUGAAAGAUAUUGCUCUAGACAAAGACGAAAAACGAAAUUUGAAGAAAGAAAUGAUCGAAUUUUGUCGGGAGAAAUAUGCGGAUAAUGCUGUUCAGUUAAGGUUCAUCGAUGAAUUCGAAAAGAAUUUUCAAGCGGAUCAAGCGAUUCAGUGGUAUUUACGACAGGAAGCUUUUAUCUACAAGAUGCUGACACGUGCAUGUCGAGUGUUCGAUGUGGACAUUCUCUAUAAGCUUCGUUAUUUCAUUCAAAACUUUCAUCGUCGAUUAGAAUCGUUGAACCGAACGAGCGCUAUUACGGUUUAUCGAACAAUUCGAGUUUCAAAAGGUCUGGUGGAAAAAAUGAAGAAUUAUGAAGGUGGAUUGUUUUCAUUCAAUGAAUUUCUCUUUGCUGAUAAAAGUCAACCAAAUACUGAACCAUCGCCUGUUAAUCUCGAAUCGAAAUUGGUUCGUUUUCGUAUCGAUUUAGCAGCUGGUAUCGCGCGAUACAACGACUCGUCGAAACCGAAUGAAGUUCUCUUGACCUUCGGAUUGAUUUUUCGUUUGGAAAAAAUCGAAGCUGUCGAUGAUGAGACUUACAAUGUUAAAUUAACAGUCGAUGACAAGGCACUCAAAGAUGGCCAACAGGUCUCGAAAGAUUUACGUGAAGCAGUUCGCGGAACGUUUCCAAUGAUACGUAUGGCCAAAUUGAUGUGGCAAAGAGAUUUAUACGACGAUAUGGAAUACUUUUCUACGAUUGUACUCAAUGAUUCAUUAGCAGCUAAUGACGAAUCAUCGAAUAUAGCUCUUGGAGGAUUACUUCAUUCUCUAGGAAACCAUUGUUAUGAAACAAAACAAUACGACAAAGGAUUAAUUCAUUUUCAAAAUGCUUUAAAAGUUUAUCAACGUGUUCUAUCGCCCGACGAUCUUCGAUUGACACCGACUUAUAACAAUAUCGGCAGUAUUUAUCAUCGACAAGAUUUAAAUGAGAAAGCAUACGAAUACCAUCGAAAGGCGUUCGAUAUUCAAAAGAAUUCGACACGUCCAGAUAUGGAUUCCGUUUCGACGUAUGCAGGAAAUAUCGCCUCAGUUCUAAUCAAACUACAUAAAUACAAGGAGGCAGUGAAGUUCUCAGAAAUCAAUUUAAAAUUCGAAGAAAAACUUCAUCCUGAUAAAAACGACGCGCAAAUGGCGGCGAAGUAUUACAACCAUGCCGGAAUGCAAUACCGAGCCGAACUCUACGCAGAAGCGUUGGAUAACUACGAAAAAUGUUUAGCUAUUGAACUGAAAUGUCAUCCAGCAAAUCAUCCGACAGUUGCAGCAACUUAUCACAGCAUAGGAACAGCCUUGGACAAACUUGGACGAUUUAAAGAAGCCAAGGAAGCAGUAGAAAAAGCGGUUGAACGUCUACUUUGUACUAAAAAGGAAGACGAUCAAGAUGUUCAAUCACACAAAGCUUACAUUAAGAAAUUAGAAGGAAAACUGUGGAUGAGAGACAUGUUGAAGGCAGCAUGA